AUGAGAUUAUCGUUUAUCGUGUUUUCCACCCAAGCACACGUCAUUCUGCCAUUAACUGGAGACAGAGAGAAAAUCAAGAAAGGUCUUAAGGACUUGGAGGAGGUAAAACCAGCAGGUGACACAUACAUACAUGAAGGAUUAAAACAGGCCAACGUGCAAAUUGCGAAGCAAGGAGCCGCAAGGUUUUCCAGUAUCAUCAUCGCGUUGACAGAUGGCAAGCUGGAUGGUCAGAUUCCCUUGUAUGCAGAGAAAGAGGCAAAGAAAUCCAGAGAGCUGGGAGCUAGAGUUUACUGCGUUGGCGUCCUCGAUUUUGUACAAGAACAGCUUGAAAAAAUUGCUGACACGAAAGAGCAAGUUUUCCCUGUCACUGGAGGAUUCCAAGCGCUUAAGGGGAUAAUCAAUUCUGUUUUGAAGCAAUCUUGCACCGAGAUUUUGUAUUUGGAGCCAUCCAGUGUCUGUGUGGGAGAGGAGUUUCAAGUUGUUCUUAGAGGAAGUGGUUUAACCCUCGGUGGGAAAACUGAUGGUGUUACUUGUACCUAUCAAGUGAACGGAACUACAAUUCAUGAAAAACCGAAAACUGUGGAAUCUGAUUUUUUACUCUGCCCUGCACCAAUCCUGUACCGAAGUGGCCAGUAAGUACUCGAAACAAGCGUCACCCUGUCUCAAGGAAUAACAAAACCAAAAAACCCAACAAAUUCAAGCAUCAGCCUGACUGCAAGUGAAGCCUUGCUGGCAGUUACCUUGAAUUUAUGA